AUGGCUCAAGCAGUGCUCAGCAAGCAGGAGUCUACGCUCUCGUCUUACGAAGACAUCAUGAAUCAAUCUUCAACAAGAGCACCCUUCCAUGUCGAAACACCUGUUGCUCCUCACUCCCCCAUGCUGAGCUAUGCAACUGCCUGGGGAUUAUCGCUUCUUGCUGUGAUUUUGAUCGUGCGUGUGUUAAGCGGAGGAAAGAAGCUUCCAAGCGGGGCGAAACAGCUCCCACGACUCCCAGGAAUACCAUGGAUUGGUCGAUUCUGGGGAAUUCCAAUCUCGGGCGCAGAAGCUGCGUGGCACUUUGGCGACUUCCACAAGUCUUACGGCCCAAUCUACGAAUGGGUCACUUUCGGUGUCUCUCAUAUCUGGAUCGAAAAUGACAAGAUUGCUCGCGACCUCCUCGUCCACAGAGGAAAGCUCUAUGGUGACCGGCACGAACUUCCCGCCGCUGUUGGAGUCCGAGGCGGCUCUGAAAUCCUCCCCUUGAUGGGAAUCGGCGAAAACUUCUGGCGCCACAAGAACUUCAUUCAUACCAUCAUGCGACACUCAUCGCAAGCAGCUUUCUGGGAUGCCCCGCUUGCCGAGAAUAAGCACACUUUGCGACGCUUGCUCGAUUCUCCGGACACUUGGUCAGAAAGUCUCAUUACACAUUGCGCCCGUGUCGUGGCCAGGAUUGCAUGGGGUGAUGCCAAACAUGGGACCAAGCUACUGACCGUAGUGCCCCAGCUGCUCAAAGCAGUGUCUCCGGACGGACCACUCCCGAAUCUCCUCCCAUUCCUGAUGCAUCUCCCAUCUUGGCUUUCACCUUUCAAGAAGGCCGAGGCUGAGCGGGCGCGAGUCAUGAAGGAGGCCUUCUAUGAAGCCCAGCAGGAUGUGAUGGAUCGCGUCAAGGCCGGAACUGCCGAGCCUUCAUGGACAAGGAUCUGGCUAGAGAAUGAGAAAGGCAUGGAGAAGAGCAAGCUGGAUCAACACGAGGCUGCCCAUGCCGUCGGGACCAAUUCUUUCGUCGCCAUCGCCACAAUUGGCUCCCCUCUUCACUCGUUCUUCACCGCGAUAUGYCACUACCCUUCAUGGAUGCCGCGCAUGCAAGAAGAACUCGACAGGGUCUGUGGAGAUCGCCUUCCAAACAUGAAAGAUCUUCCGAAUCUCCCAAUCCUGCGUGCUGUUGUCAAAGAAACUCUCCGCUGGCGCCAACCAACGCCGCUCGGCGUGCCUCACAUAACCACCGAUGAGGAUGUCUAUGAAGGCUACUACAUCCCAAAGGGCGCCAUGGUCCAUGCAAAUCACUAUUUGAUCAGCCGAGAAGAGAGCAUGUACCCGGAAGGGAAUGAAUGGCGUCCAGAGCGAUGGCUCGAACCCUCCUGGCCAACCUUCAAGGCGCCUCUCAGCGAGUAUCCUACGCUUCGAGGUGACGCUGGCUUUGGUUAUGGCACCCGAUCAUGCCCUGGUACUGACUUGGUAAUGACUGAAUUGUACACACUCAUCGGCUCCCUCGCAUGGUCUUUCGACAUCAAACGCAAGGAAGGACGUCAAGGGUACGACAGCCCAGUGCCCUGGUAUGAGACGAAUCCUUUUGUCAUCACAAUGGCGAAGCCGUUUCCCUUGAACAUCAAGGUUCGCAGUGAAGAGAAACGCAAGUUCAUACUUGAUGGAUGUCCAGAUGGCGGCUUCCUGGUGCGCGACCAGGGCGAGAAGACCCUCGAUCGAUGGGACGUGUUUCGAGGAGACGGCACCCCUUUCAAUUGGCAAGGGUUAACUACCCCUCUCUCAGGUCAAAGGCCAAAAUCGUACAGCCCUGGUGUAUGA